AUGAGAUCAAGAGACAAGUCGAACUCGACUUCGAAGACGGAUGAUCGCGAAGAACUGCGAGAACUGGCCCAAACCGAUUUUGUGAAGGACUCGAACGCAGUCGAAGGUGGCAAACCACGGAUCUCAUCGAAUGAGAAUGUGUACGCAAAAGCAGUACGUCCAGUACUACGACGUAGCUCAUCGAAGAAAGGAUCCAGAGAGCCCAAAGAAGAUAGUAAGAAGAAAAAGCCUACAGGAUCGACUGAGAAAGCCGCCCGUUCAAAAAAAUCCAAAGGAAAAGGAUCUUGUGAAAAAGCUGGCUCGAAGGAGAGGAAACGUAAUAGCAAGAAAGGCGGUGCCAAAAGUUUAAGUAAGCUAAAUAAAACCAAAGUAAACGAUAUUUAUAAUCAGUUGUACAAAACACCAGCAGGACGGCCGUACAAGGAUUCGAAUGAAGCAGUGCAAGUCAAAGGAAAUGCACCAAAGGUUCAAAAAACUACAAAUGAUAAAAAAUAA